AUGUCCGAACUCGAUACUUUCACCUUUUAUCCCCUCCGCAUAGACUCCCAGACGAAGGCGCUAAGCAGCAUCGAGCCAACGCGAGCGCUAGACAACGAGCUGACAGCGCUGAACCAACUACACCGCGCUCUGCUGGGCAUCGACGGCGGUGCUCCUGUGCCCCCGCCGCCAAUCCCAGUCAACCCGAAACGCACUGCCAACGUCAACAAGCUCCGUGAUUCUGGAAAUGCCGACUUCCGCAAGGGCCGCUAUGCUGAGGCCAUAAAGUUCUACACCCUCGGUCUGCAAAUGGCACUGACACGACCCGUGUGGGAGCCACCACAGCUGGUGCAUGAGGAGGUUGCCACUCUGUACGCCAACCGGGCACAAGCACACAUGGCAACACAUGGAUGGGCGGAAGGCGCAGUAGAUGCGGAGGCAAGCGUCGAGGCCAAAAAGACAGGCAACGCCAAGGCAUGGUGGCGGCGCGGAAAGUGUUUGCUGGAAAUGGGCCGCCUAGAGGAGGCACAGGAAUGGGUGCGCCGCGGCCUCGAGAUGGAGGGCGAAGAGCACGACCUCCUUGCUCUACGUGCCGAAAUCGAGGGCCUCCUGGACAAUGCUUCUGCAUCCUUGUAA